AUGUAUAAAGAUCCACGUCUUCGAUGUGUGAAACAAAAAUCACUUGAUUUAUUAACAAAUGUUUCAACUAUACCUGAUAUUGCUCGUCUUAUACUUGAUCAUCAUAGUUCAUUUAUUAUUCAACUUAUUCAAGGUAUUCGUGAUGGACAUUUAAUUGAAGAAAAAAUUCCAUCAUUAUCUGUUCUUUUACGUUUAUGUAAAGUUAUUGUUGAAAAAAAUCUUCUCAUAUGUUAUCAACAUUUAAUUGAUAUGCAAUUUAUUGAUAUAUUAAUUGAUAUAUUCGAAAAUGAACAAUAUAAAACCAAUGAUACUAUUAUUUAUUUUAUUAAAUUUGAAUCAUUUGCACUUCAAUGUAUUCAUAUAAUGUUAGAAUGUGCUGAGCAUAUUGAUAUGUGGUCGGAAAGUAUGUUAUUAUACUUAAAAUAAUCAGAGGAAUA